AUGGCGCCGAAGAAGCGAAAAGGUCGAAAGGGAACGCGUCAACGAGCGCAACAAGAAACACGCCUUCAUGAGCCCCGUGUGUCACAGUCUGGAAGACCAUCCAUCGACAGAGAAAGCGACAGAUAUCCAGCUGCAUCAUCCAGCAUGGCCGGGACCGAGGAGGACGAGGAAGCCGCAGGCGGCGAUACUGUCGCCGACCUCAGGGAUGACCCUGAAGAUGACAAUGACAAUUUCGAGGUAGCUUCUCUUUAUCCAGCCAGCCAAGUCCGACAUGGCGCAAUGAGCACAUACAGGUCAGCUGGCGGACAUUUCGUGGCUGGAGAUUCGCGGACAGCGUCAACUCGGUCUCUAUGGACCAUGGACCUCGAUUAUCGUGAACUGCAUGGUCGCCGAUAUUGCCGAGAGUACCACAUGCCAAACGAUGAGAUCGAACAGCUUCGGCUGACAUUGCUGCACCAAGUCUUCUUGCACAUCUUUGAUGGAGAACUGAGUCUUGCUCCGUUCGACGAGUUGCCCUCGCAUAUCCUUGAUGUUGGCACUGGCACUGGUGAAUGGGCAAUUAGGAUUGCAGAGAUGUAUCCAGAAUGCGAAGUGGUGGGAACCGACAUAUCAGCCAUUGCCGAAACCGAAAGCGUUCCUGUCAACGUGUUUUUUGAAAUCGAGGACGCCGAAGACUGGGACCGACCGCCGGACCACUACGACAUGAUCCACAUGCGCUGGUUAUCGGGCGCCUUUCGUGACUGGAGUUUUAUUUACGACUGCGCUUACUACUCGCUUAAGCCUGGUGGGUGGAUAGAGGUCCUCGACUUGGAUGGAUUUGAUACCAUUGAUUUUUUCAACAAUCACUUCCCGCCCGAAUCGCCUAUCCAUAAGUUAUUCAGAGACAUCCACAUAGCCGCGGAUAUGGCGGGGCGAAAGGUGUCCAUAUCUCAUCUGAACGCACCUGAUUUCAUGGAAGCGGGCUUUGUGGAUAUCCGAGUGGUGGACUAUUCUCUUCCCGUCAUGUUUGACGAGCCAUCGGUUGAUAAGAUUUGGUUAAUGGCUCUUAUAGACGGCAUCGAGUCCAUGGCUUUGCGCCUCCUGACUGAGUACAUGAAUUGGGAUCCGGAAGAGUGCAAAGCCGUCUGCGAACAAGUGGCUUGGGAGUUGGCCAAUAUCACAAAGAAUCCCGAGGCUGCCAAGUCUCUCACUACCAAGCUCCGCGUCAUCGUAGCGCGAAAACCUCUUCAGGCACCUAGGUCAAACGCCGCUUGGCCAGCGGAUGAACCUUUGUCUCUGCGAACUCGAAGAGAGGAGGGAACACCCGAGCUGGACUCUGCAUCGAACGCAACACCGCGCCAGACAACCGAGCAUUUUGUCACGCAGACUUUACACCAAGUGCCACAUGUUGAAUCCUUAUAAGAAGUGGCAGGGGAGAAGU